AUGCAGCGGCCUCUGGUCCACGCCCCUGGCGCGGCGAGGCGCCACUAUGAUAGCCAUCCUCCUGCGGCCGCGCGGGGCCCACACCGGCGCGUCCACCGCGCAGGCUUGCGCCCGGCGCCGCUGCGGACCCCUGCGCCUCUCGCACCGUGUUUCUGCUCCGUGUGCCGCGGAAAUCUCGCCCCAGGCCACCUUCCUGAGUCCUUUAGAUGUGCCUCGAGGCAGCGCGGUGGGCGGGUGGUCGCCGCGCUGCCCAUAUUCGGCGACCCGCGGCGCCGCAAGAUCCGCCCCCGCAUCGACUGGGACUCCACCACGACGCAGACGCCUGAGUGGGUGCCGCAGCAGCUCCUGCGCGUCCUCCCGUUCCUCAGGAACUGGGAGAUGGUCCGGCGGAUCGCCGUCACGGCGAGCGUCCUGUGCGGGCUGGUGCUCCUCAGCCUCGUAGCGCUGCCGUCGCUCGACUUCGCAGCCAUCCAGGAGCACGCGCCGCAGCUCCUGACGCCGUUCAAGGCGCCGUGGGAGGCCCCUCUGUCGCUCCUCGAGAUCGGCAUCUCGCCGUACAUCACCGCGAGCAUCGCUGCGCAGCUGUGCACUUUUCUCCCGCGGCAGGUGGGCAGCGUCAACACCGAGAAGUUCUACCAAGCAAUCCCCUGCCUGUGUGUCUUCCGCGAGAUCGAGGAACGCCAGGACACCGAUACCAUCGAGCGGUUUAAGUGGAAUCUCUUCGUCCUGGGCAGCAGCAUCGCCGGCGUCACCUCGCUGCUUACUGGUCUCAAAGUCGUGCAGUUUAGCUCGCUGGCGCAGGCGCCCGGCACGAGCCUCGCGUGGCAGGGCGCGACCGUGCUGAUGCUGACGUUCCUCGCGGUGGCUACGGGCGUCGUGGCGUUCUUGCUGGUGUGGGCGGGCGCGUACCAGCUGGACAGGCAGUUGCGGAAGAUGAGGCAGAAACGCAGGGCGAACAAGGCGGGCAAGAAGGACGCGGACAUAGUCAUCAAGGGAUCAAAGCCCAUCCGCCCCGUGGCCUGGGCGGGCUCCGCGCUGGCGGCGACGUUCGUGGCAGCCCUCGUGCUGCCGGACCCGGUCGCGCUGCUGAAAUCCGGCUUCUUCCCCGCCGUCGCAAAGAGCUGCGUGCUGGCGCUGUUCAGGCUGGUAAUCGCGUUCUGCUUAGGCGGGCUGCUGUUCGCGGGCGCACUGAUCGCGGAGCGGGCCGCCUGGCUCAUCGAGGAGCACGGCCUGGGCGACGGCACGACCGUCGUGAUUUGCCUUUCCAUCGCGGGCAACAUCUGGACGUCCGGGUCGACGGUCCUCCCGAAGCUCUUCAGCGGCGCGGUGCCCGCGGGCACGGGCGCGCUCCUGGGCGGCGUCGUCGCUGCGAUGUUCGCGGCGAUGCUCGCGCUGAACGUCUGGACGACGAAACUGCCGCUGCGGUACCUGGGCACGGGAGACUCGCAGCUGAGCGUGGCGGGGUACAGCAAGAGCGCGAAUGUCGCGGGCAAGACGGAGGCGCCGUACUUGCCCAUCAAGCCCGCGCCGGGCGCGAUGCUGGUGAUUCUAUCCGUGAAUUUCAUGCUACUCGAGAUUCCUCGAACGAUCUGCAACCUCUCCGCGAGCUCCGCGGAAACCUGGCACCGCCUCGGCCAGUGGACGCAGUCCGUGCCGUGCGACAUCUUCGUCUUCGCCACAGUCGUCCUCUUCCAAGCGCUAGGCAUUGGGAAAAUCCACAACAUCAGCGACUACCUCAUGGCCACCAACGCCUCCAUCGUCGGCGUCGUCCCGGGCGAACAGACCAAGCAGUACCUCACGAAACGCAUCAGGAGGCUGCGAAUCCAGGGCGGUGUUGUGCUCGGCGCUGUCGUCGUCGCGGCCAGGCGCGUGGACCAGUGGUGUCUCGCGCAGUUCAGUGCUGCAGUCGGGGCCACAAGCUUCCUGAUUGUGUUUUCACUGGUGCUGUCCACGGUGCGGCAGCUGCAGUCGCUCGCCGUGAAAGGACGCAUGCGCCGGCUCGUGGAGUCGACCAUGGGGCCGCUCGUGCUGCACGGCGACGUCGUGCGGCUCCCAUAG